UGCUCAUGUUUACAGUGUCGGUCUGAUGCGCUCGUCAGAUAACACUCCUUGGACAUCGUGUUUAUAAACACUAUUUUUUACGGGGUUUUCGGUCUUAGCUGAAAGCAUGGCAGACCCGGCCCGCGUGAAACCUGAAACGGGCACAUCAGUGGACAGACCCAAACCGGACGAGGGGUCCUGUGAGGGUCCGGAGGGCAGCAGUAAGACCUCUGACUCUGCUGUAAAAGAGGAGGACAAGAUGGUCAAUCAGAGGUCUGCUGAAGAUGCUGCCGCUGGUGAAGAAGAGGAGGAGGGAUCUUCAUCUCUUCAUCCUCCUCCUGCCAAAAAACUCAAAGUGGAGCCGCACGACAAGAAGAAGGAGAAACGGCAGAAAGUGGAUGAAGAUGAAAUCCAGAAGAUGCAAGUUUUAGUGUCAUCGUUCUCUGAAGAGCAGCUCAACCGCUAUGAGAUGUACAGGCGCUCGGCCUUCCCAAAGGCAGCCAUUAAAAGACUGAUUCAGUCCAUCACAGGAUCAUCGGUCUCUCAAAACGUGGUCAUCGCCAUGUCAGGGAUCGCCAAAGUGUUUGCUGGAGAGAUAGUUGAAGAAGCUCUGGAUGUGUGUGAGAAGUGGGGGGACACUCCGCCUCUGCAGCCCAAACACAUGAGAGAAGCUGUGCGGAGACUGAAGAGCCGAGAGCAGAUUCCCAGCUCCAAACACAAACACAUCCUCUUCCACUGAACACCAUGUCGGAGAAUCUAAUGGAGACAUGGCUGAGCAGCUGAUGUGGUGAUCGUCAUGAGCUUUAGAUUUGGUCUGCUCUGUUAUCUGCAUCAUACGGUGGCCACGAGAGAUUGAAACUGAAGUAAACGCGUUGAACUACAAAUAACAGCAGCAGAUUAAGAUUUGAUCCUCUUGGGUCUGACAGAAAAUUCUCAUAAUGUAAACACAGGAAGAAAAUGCAAUGUCACGAUGCGAACAAAUGAAGAAUCCGCAAUGCAAAUAAAUUGUGCAUUGUGAGGACUUGCUGUCAAACCCAUGAGGAUCUCGUCUUAAUCUGCUGCUGGGUUUGUAAUUGCAGCACCACUGGAGGAUCAAACUGAAGUGAAUGUGUUAUACAUGCUGAGCUAAGAUUAAUCACAUCCCCAAUAAGAGAAUUUAAGUGUGUGUGGGCUGUCUGUUUAUUAUCUAUAUAUAAAUACACACAUGGAUAUGAGAAAAUCUUGAUAUUUAGAUAUAAAAUGUGUGUGUUUAUUAUAUGAAUUGAAUUACCUUUGUUUCUAUGUGUGCGUGUGUCUCACAUAUACUAAUUAAAUAUAAAUAAAUAUAUAUAUAUAAUACACACGCACAUAUAUAUUGUGUAUGUCAACACAAACUUUUAUUUUGGAUGUGAUUAAGCAUUGCCCAGCACUGAUAUCUACAAUUAAUGCAUGCUAGUGAAGACAUUACAUGCAGUAUAUUUCACAUCUCCUCGCUGUAAAAUAUAGAAAUGAGGACUCUUUUUUUAUUAUGAAAUAUUUUGUAGCCUGAUGUUGCUUUAAUUCUGAAAUCAGUGUGUGUGAUGCCAGUUUUGAUGCCGUGUGUGUAUUGGAAAUGU